AAAUGUCUGCACAGCGGCACAUUAUCCUCUGCAAUAUGUUUUUUUUGACCUGUCCUCUAUUUUACAUGUAGUCCUAUUUAUCCUACUGGGGUGUUUAUUAGAUUUAUCUCAGUGUGUUUAAGGCCCGGUCAAACACCUAUACUAUACUAUUCACUAAAUAUAUGGGAUCACUUUUGCCUACUUUAAAUCUAUAUUAAUAUAACUGAGCUACAAUUUAAAGUUUUCUUUCAGCGUUCAUUUGGUUUAUAUUUAUGUCUGAAUUUGUGGUGAUUUAUACACGUUGUCAUGGCUGCCCAAUUUCACUCAAACAACAAAAAGGAGGCUGCAAAACAAUUCGUUUGACACUAUUGUUGUUGCUUUGGUCUUAGUUAGUACACAUGAGAAUACUGUCAUCUUGUGGCCAUUAGUCGCCGCUGCACAAGUCCCAAUCUCAAUAUCCACUCUCAGCUCUGAAGUCUGAACCGUCACAUGCUUGCAUGAGUGCAAGAGGGAGCAAUUGUAUUUCUGCAUUUUAGAAAUCAUCAUCUCAUCACAGAACCUUCCAGCUCCUUCCAUGUUCUGUGUUUUCCUAAUUGUAUGUUUUUGUAUGUUCCUGUUUUGAAAGUUACAAUGCUAUGAAUUCUGGGUUAUUCUCACAGUCUGAAGGAUUGUGCACAUAUGGAACAUGUGCAUACGGGGCUCAAAACAUCUGUGGGCGAGCCUUUAGACGGCCUUUGCUGAUUUUACUGCAGGCCCGACAGCCAGAGAGGUGGCUGAAGGUUUUAAAAUCAUGAGCUCCCUGACAACAGCUCAGCAGCAUCUCUGACACAAUGAAAACCUCUGGCGUGUUCCAGGAUCUGCUAUCUGAUUCAGGGAUGUCACCACGAGCGGUGUCCAGAGGUGACACAACUGCACAGGAUAUCAAAGGGUUAAGCGACGUUCCUGCCCCUAGGUGACCCUCUCGGGCAGUGCUUACUCCAAAGAUAGUGAAAGCUUUGCUGACAAGAUAGAGGACUCAAGCCAAAACCAAUAGAAAAGGCUGUCUGACAACGCCGAGGCAUUGUUUCAGUCAGUUUUAGUAGCUGGGAGUAAAGGAAAAGAGGAGACGGUGUGACUCAGGGACACAUAUAAGGAUUCCUGGCAGCAGGGCAGGGUCACAGUAUGCGGAAUAACUUAUGCUAAUGAUAGGAUGCUAACAGCCUAAGUGCACAUCGCCAGCAGACACUAAGAUCACAUUUCGCCACAGAAACACAUGUACAAGUAAAACAGUCACACCUCAUAAAAAAAAAAAAAGAAUUUCUGCACACCAGUAUAAUCAAUAAUUGUCAUCAUAACAUCGACAGCUCUUGGAAACAAGGCUUCACUUUAUUUGCAUCCAAGAACUGAGACAAUUACGCAGACAUGGAUAUGAAUUUGAUAUUAAUUCUGUGUGCCAACCCACCUACAAACUCCACCAAUCAUGUAGCUUCUUUAUAUGUAGUUAAGGUUGAGGCUAAAGGUAGUUGGGGUUUAGGUCUGCCAAUUCUAUUAAAGUAGGCAGGAUUUAUAAGCAGCCUGAGAGGCUGGAAGCACGGAUGCUUUCACAUCCCAAGGCCCACCUUCCAUGAGCUGCGUACCACAUAUCACUAGCAUGUUUUUUUCUGGUUUAAUGUUGCCAGACAACCAUAUGAGGACCUAAUUCAAGUUCAUCUAAUGCUAACAGGCUGACGUGUAACGGUGUGUAACAUCCAUACACACCCAAAUAAUCCUGAGUUUCAUCUAUUUUGUGUUGCAGAUUUUUAAAUUUUUGAAAAUGAUUGCAAAAUGCUUAUGAAGUGCUACUUUUAGUGCCGAAUUCUACACUCAGCUGAACAAACCCUUAAAAAUCCAUUAACUGGCUGUGCCUGGCUAAUUAGCAAAGAUUAUCAUGUGGAUAUCAACAGUCAUUUAUUUCUCUCAUAAUACUAAUAAAAGUGACUACUGGACAACAGGGGACAAAGUCAAAGAUGUCUUAUGUACUGUCAGAACAGCCAACACGAAAACUGGUGAUAGCUUCAGCCUUAAGAGAGGAUAAGAGAAAACUGAAAAACAUGAAUUUCAACACUGGACUGUUUUCUUGUCACUGUUUUCUUUUGGCGGAUGCCUUCUGUCUGUGGCAUCCUGACAGAAAUGUACCAUGUCUUUAUCUCUCUUUCUUUCUGUAUACACAACAUCUUUCCCACAUGGCAAUGGGGUUCUGUGUGUUUCAGUGGCUAUUUUGUAAACACAAAGGGCCAUAACGAAGAGCUAGCUUCACUUACUUUCUAACCCACAGAUAACAAACAUGGAGCGAACAAGUAGCAUUAGGAGAAAAGCCAUGGCCAGACAACAUAAAGGAGAAGUCAUGAUUGCGGGAGAACAACUCAGGUUGAGGCUUCACGAUGGAAAACUGAUCAAGGACAGGCGUUACCACCUGCGUACGUAUCCAAACUGCUUUGUGGCACAGGAACUCAUAGACUGGCUGGUGAGCCAUAAGGAAGCUCCAGAUCGAGCAAUUGCUGCUUGCCUCAUGCAGCACCUCAUGGAUCAUGACAUCGUUCACCACGUCUGUGAUAAGAGGCCAGUAUUCAAGGAUGCCAAACUGCUGUACCGUUUCCGCAAGGAUGAUGGCACAUUUCCCUUCAAUACAGAGGUGAAAAUCUUCAUUCGAGGACAACGAAUGUAUGAACAUCUCAUAGGGGACAAGAACUCCAUUCUGAAGGAAAGAGAGGAGCAUGGUGUUGCAUAUCAGCGCUCCUUUCCUGGCUGCCAGCUGAUCGACUGGCUCCUUCAGAACGGCGAGGCAGAGAGCCGGCGUAGGGGACUGGAGCUGUGCCGCGCAUUGCAGGAGCAUGGCAUCAUUCAGCACGUGGCAAAGAAGCAUGGCUUCUUUGACAGUGGACUGCUCUAUCAGUUCUGCAUCAAUUUUCGCCGCCGCCGCCGCCUAUCUGAACUGUUAAAUGAAAGUGAACAAGACAAUGAGGAGGGUGUGGUUGUGUCGACAGAAGAGGACAACCGUCCUGAUAGUCCAUUUGUUCUGCGCAAAAGCUCGCCUCAGGAGGACACACCAGCUUUCCAGUCUGUGAGGUCGAGUAAAGACCUGAAACAGGUUACCAGUGGGCGUCGAGGCAGCUUAAAUUCCCUUGAGCUUCACUCUGCUGGAUGUCCACCUCUUGUCCAGCUGGCUUCAACCUCAGUGGUGAGAUGCAAUCCUAAAUCAGUACUUAGAAGAAAUUUUACACGUGAAGAGUUAUUGGCACCUGGCGCACCCUUCAUCAAGAGAGUGUUGACGGUGAUAGGAGAUGCCUUGGGCUGGGGCUUUGUUGUCAGAGGCACGGCUCCCUGUUACGUGCAGGCUGUUGACCCUGGAAGCCCUGCAGCAGCAGCUGGAGUUAAGGUGCGGCAGUUUGUGUGCCAGGUGAACGGACAGUGUGUUCUCCACCUGGACUAUAGGACAGUCUCCAGACUGGUGGUGACAGGAACUCGCACUGUUGUACUGGAAGUUAUGGAACCACUAGAAUGAUGACGACAACAACAACUGUCUUAAAGUGUAGCUCUUUUUUUUUUUUUUUUGGACACAACUGCAUUUGCUGGAACUGAAAUAUAAUAUUAAGAAAUAUCUUUUUUUUCAAUUACAGACUAGUAUGGGCAGAGUUCAUGUACUCAUUUGUGGGAAACAAAAAAACAAUAAAAUCAAUCAAUCAAAAUGGUUAUCUUGGUUGCAGCAAGAGUAAGUUAACUACAAAGGGUUGUGCCUGUGGUGUUUUCAUGAACCUGAAUUUCUUAACAAUGAAUGCUGGCUUUUUAUAACUGAAAAUAAAAGUGUAUUAAUACGACCACAAUGAUUACUACAUUUGGGCCAUCCAGGCCAUGGAUCCAUGAAUCGGCCCAUAGAAUGUAUGAUCCAGCCCCUGCCCAGCUCCCUGCUACGACUUCCGUCGUUUUCUCGUCGCCAUUUUGGAUUGAGAGUUGGCUCUCUUGGAAUAGAUAACGUUAGCAGGCUGUCUUGACCACCGGUGCAAGUACAAUAACUGAUUAGAGGACACUGGCUGGUCCUGGCAGUCAACUUUUUUUUUAAGUAUACUAUUUUCAUGAGAUGUGUACCACUCUGUCCUGCCUUUCGUUCCUCCAGCUAGCUAGCAGCUGCAGCAAAGCAGAUGUGACUAACGAGUUAGCUAGCUGUGGAGCUGAGCAUCAGCACCGGCUUUGAGGAGAGCGAACAUCACCACCAGUCUGCACGUCCCGACACAUUAAUGUAGUAAGGCUAGUCCGUAGGCGUAUCGUUAGUAUAUCUGGUCAAACCAGCACUCAGUCAAGCUAACUUGAAGCAUGCCCGCUGAAACAGUAACGUUAAUGGUACUGGGCCCCUGAAGAAACUGAAGUCUUGAACACAGAUAACGUUAUCCAUUCAUCGAGAGAUGUAUCAACUCCCAGUGAAUAACCUUUCAAGAAUCCGGAGAGCUAGGAAGCAAGU